AUGCCUUCGAUGAUGCUCAAUCGCCUCUCGGACGGUCCGGCGACGGUCCUCCCUCCCCAGGAACACGCCUUUGCUCAGUUCCCGUCGCAAUCCUCUUUCCUCAACUCAGAAAGCUUCAACGGCUUUCCCACAAACUCAGGCCAGGUAUUCUCCAAUGGCUCUACAUCACAGGCUGCUCCCUCCAGCUUCGAUGCUUCCCCUGCUCCCGUGGCUCCGAAGCCUUCCCGCAAGAGGUCGCGUGAUGAAGCCACUUUCGGAGAUGCUAUCGCUCCGAGCGCCCCUCCAGCACCCAAGCCGGCCCCAGAACCCAAGGUAGAACCCAUUUACGGAGAAGGAAUGGUUCUUUUGAAUCCUCAGACUGGUCUUGCGCUGUCUGCAGAGAGUCAAACGGGCACAUGGUACGAGCAGGAGGCCGAGACGCAACAGGCCACAGCCGCUCCCAUCUCGUCGCGUUCGAACGCGUUGCAUUUGGAUGCUGCCGACGCUAGCCGCAAGUCACAACGUCUUGAUCAGUCUGCCCCAGGCCUGGACGACAUUGCACUGUCAUCCAUUCGUCAGCGUCUGAACGAUCCCAGCACUGAUGACCAGCACCGCACUCUAAAUGCGGCCCCUGCUCCUCCUAACGAGCCUCUGGUUGAUGAUGCCACUCGUCUCCUUGGUAUUGGAUGGCAACGCGUCAGCGCAGACGAUGACAUGGCCCCUGCUGUCCGCGGUUGGACCAAGUACAUCGACAACCAGUACUCGUCCCAUCUUCACAGCUCGCAGAUCCUGAUCAAAAGCCGUGCUCUGAACGCCUACCUCGUGGCUGCGACUCCUGUCUCAGGGUUCUCUCCUGCCUUCUUCCUAUUCACCGAAGACCUCACACAAGGCCAGCUUGUUGCCUCUUCUUGGGAAGCCUGCCUUCAAAAUCUGCGCAGUACCCCCAUCAUCUUUGAGGGCGCUGCUCCCUUCGCCGCCAACGACCGACCCGGAGCGCAACCCGCUUCCUUUGCCAACGUGGACACUGGCGUACCUCUCCUUCAACAAGCAAUGUCCAACCACCCGCAACCGACCCUCGACGGACUGAGCGGAGGCGUGGAAAUGGGGAUGGAGAUCGACUCGUGA